AUGGGUCAACCAGACGCGAUCAGCGAUUUCGAGAAGAGCAUUUCGGACGCGGAGUUGCAAGGCAUGGUGGAUGAGUCUCUAGUUUGGUCUUCGCUCAACGGAUUGGUCGUCGGCGAUCAGACGGUCGAGGACUCGGGUUCCGUUCCUGGGUCAGGCCUCAUCCCAGCGCCAGUGACGCUGCUCCCCACGCCCUUCCCAGCGCACCAUUUCCAUCGAGCCAUGGAGCUCGCCCCUCUCUUCAACGCCCUGGUGGACGCCGUCAGUCAGGACUCUGACUUCCUGCAAUCCACGCUCACGAGUGCAGGGCGCUCUGACUCUUUCACAGCCGGUCUCCUCCGAAUACACGCGGAGAUAAUAAAGGAGGGCAUACAGCAGCCCAUACGGCUGGGAAUGCACAGGUCUGACUACAUGCUGGACACAGUCACAGGGGGCGUGCUGCAGGUGGAGCUCAACACCAUCUCCUCCUCCUUCCCUGGCCUCACCUCAAGGGUCACGGACUUGCACAGGCACAUGGUGGGGAUGUAUGGCGAGAAGGUGGGUCUGUCGGUGGACUCUGUGCCUCUCAACACGGCAGCAACGGACAUGGCAGAUGCACUGGCAGCAGCGUGGAGGGAAUACGGGGAUGAGAGCUCUCUCAUUUUGAUGGUGGUGCAAAAGCCAGAGCGGAAUAUGUACGACCAGCACUGCUUGUCGCAGCUCGUGUGGCAGAGGCACGGGAUUAGAGUGCUCAGGAGGAGCCUGAAGGAGGUUCAGCAGCAGGGGGCGAUUACAGGCACAGGCGAGCUAACAGUGGACGGCCAUCGCAUAUCGGUGGUGUAUUACCGUGCAGGCUACGGCCCCGGUGAUUACCCAACUGACCUUGAAUGGCAAGCCCGCUUGCUGCUCGAGCGAUCAGCGGCAGUAAAAUGCCCCACCAUCGCAUACCACCUUGCAGGGGCGAAGAAGGUUCAGCAGCAGCUGGCACAGCCAGGAGUGCUGGAGAGGUUUGUAUCUGAUGAGUCAUCUCUUCAAGCCAUGCGGCAAUGCUUCGCCGGGCUGUGGAGUUUGGAGGAGGAAGGAGGAGCAGUGGAAGGGGGAGGCGAUGAUGGGGCAGCACGGAACGCAAUCAUUGCAAAGGCGAUUCGGGAGCCAUCAGAGUUUGUGCUGAAGCCGCAAAGAGAAGGAGGAGGCAACAACAUUUACGAUGAGGAAAUUACCAGGAAGCUCACAGAGCUGACAGAGGCAGGGGAGGCGGGGAGGCAGGAGCUAGCAGCGUUCAUUCUCAUGCAGCGCCUCUUUCCCCCCAUGCACCGCUCGGUUCUUAUCCGGAGGUGCCAGCACAGCUGGAACGACACACUCUCAGAGCUGGGCGUGUAUGGCACAUACCUGAGAAAUGGAGACAAGGUGGUUAUCAAUGCAGCAGCAGGCCACCUAUUGCGCACAAAAACAGCUACUUCAAACGAGGGAGGGGUGGCGUCUGGCUUCGCAGUGCUCGAUUCCCCUUAUCUUGUCUGA